AAACAAGAACAGCGCCGAAAAAAAAACGCGAAAGUAAAAAGGAGGAGAGGGCGGAGGAGAGAUGGGGUUCUUCUUGCUAAGGUCAGCGGCCACCAUCACAACAGCCGUCGCGGCUUCUGCUGUCCCCGCGGCUCUCGCCCUCGCUUCUUCCCAUCACCGCUCUCCCGCUCCUUCUUCUUCUUCUUGUUCCGUCGCCUGUUCUUGCUCCAUCCGCUUCCCCAGGUUUCCGAACCCGAGCUUCCUGUCCCUCUCUCAUUCUUCCGGCCACGUGGGCUCUUCGGCGACCGUAAGAGGCCGUGACUCCGCCCCCUCGGCUCUUCACAUGGACGCGCCCGCCUCCGAUCUCGAACCCACCUCCCAGAAUGGUGCUGUCUUGCCGGAGCUGCUUACUGAGUAUAUGGUUGAUAUGAAGUGCGAGGGUUGUGUUAAUGCUGUGAAGAGCAAGUUGCAGACUGUUGAGGGAGUGAAAAACAUCGAGGUGGACUUGAGCAAUCAAGUGGUUCGGAUUCUGGGUAAUUCACCUGUCAAGACUUUGACCGAAGCAUUGGAGCAGACUGGUCGUAAAGCCCGUUUGAUAGGCCAAGGUGUACCAGAAGAUUUUCUAAUAUCUGCCGCCGUAGCAGAAUUCAAAGGUCCGGAUGUUUUUGGAGUAGUUCGCUUAGCUCAAGUGAACAUGGAAUUGGCUAGGAUCGAAGCCAAUUUUAGUGGGUUGUCUCCUGGGAAGCAUGGUUGGUCCAUUAACGAAUAUGGUGAUUUGACCCGAGGGGCAGCAAGCACUGGGAAAGUUUUCAAUCCGACUGCUGAAGCAACUGCAGAUCAGCCCCUUGGCGACCUGGGAACACUGGAUACUGAUGAGAAGGGUGAGGCUUUCUUCUCUGGCAUCAAAGAGAAGCUGCGGGUUGCCGAUCUCAUUGGACGCUCAAUAGCAAUCUAUGAAAGUGAAGAUAAAUCAGAUGCAGGUAUUGCAGCUGCUGUAAUUGCAAGAAGUGCCGGCGUGGGAGAGAACUACAAGAAGCUGUGUACGUGUGAUGGGACCACCAUAUGGGAGUCAAGUAACAAUGAUUUCGUCACCAGCAAAGUCUGAAUUAUAUGAGUUCUCGCAGUUGUAUAAUUUUCUUGGAGAGGCGUGUAUGGACAUGAGGGUUCGAUUUGUUAGCAUUGAAAAGAAAGGAACUGACAAGUUACUUAGCCCUUUGUGUGUAUUUUCAGCGGCAUUUGUGUUGA